AUGGUCCGUCUGCGGGAGAUCCCAAGGACGGCCACCUUUGCCUGGUCUCCUGGGGCUGCAUCACCAUUGAUUGCUACCGGAACCCGGGCGGGUGCCGUCGACGUCGAUUUCUCGAAUAAGACAUGCCUUGAGCUUUGGGAUCUAAGUCUGGAUCGCCAAGAUGUCAGUGAAGAGCUACGGCCUGUAGCUAAGAUCGAUACCGACUCUGGGUUUAACGAUCUGGCCUGGGCGGAGUUUGAUGAUACCAAGCGCGGUGUCAUCGCAGGUGGUUUGGAGAAUGGUUCAUUGGAUCUGUGGAACGCCGAUAAGCUGCUCGCUGGAUCUAGCGAUGCAUUGAUCUCAAGGACUACGAAACACUCCGGCGCCAUCAAAGCCCUUCAAUUCAAUCCCAAGCACUCCAACCUCCUGGCCACUGGUGGCGCGAAAGGCGAGCUGUUCAUUUCCGACCUAGACAAUGUCGAGAAUCCCUUCCGACUCGGCACGGCUGCUGCUCGCACAGAUGAUAUCGAAUGCUUGGACUGGAAUAAGAAGGUUGCACACAUCCUGGUGACUGGUAGCAGCGCCGGCUUCGUGACUGUCUGGGAUGUGAAGACCAAGAAGGAGAGCCUGACGCUGAACAACAUGGGACGGAAGGCUGUCAGCGCUGUUGCAUGGGACCCCGCGAAGCCCACUAAGCUCAUCACGGCCACUCCUCUCGAGUCAGACCCUCUGAUCUAUGUGUGGGAUCUGCGAAACUCUCAUGCCCCGGAGCGUACCCUGAAGGGCCACGAGUCUGGAGUGCUUUCGCUCUCUUGGUGCGACCAAGAUCCGGAUCUCAUGCUCUCGUCUGGUAAAGAUAACCGCAACAUUUGCUGGAACCCCCAGACCGGCGAGGCAUAUGGCGAAUUCCCCGUUGUCACCAACUGGACUUUCCAAACCCGCUGGAACCCGCACAACCCUAACUUCUUCGCCACCGCUUCCUUUGAUGGCAGAAUCUCCAUCCAGACCCUUCAAAACACCAAGGACAACUCCCAAGCCAUCGUCGACCACAACCAGGCUCUGGACGGUGAAGACUUCUUUGCCAAGGCCCAAACACAGCCUCAAGUUUCCAAGUUCUCUCUUCCCAAGCCCCCUAAAUGGCUCGAGCGUCCCUGUGGUGCCUCGUUCGGCUUUGGUGGCCGCGUCGUCUCUAUUGGUCUAUCUGAGAAAGGCUCUCGCGCAUCCAAGGUUAGAAUCACUCCGUUUGAAGUUGACUCAAGCGUUGGUAACGCUACCGAAACCUUUGAGACUGCUUUGAAGGAGGGUGAUCUCCGAAGUCUCUGCGAGACUCGCGCUGCUGGUGCUUCGACCGAUGAGGAGAAGGCCGACUGGAAGGUCAUCCAGGCCUUGCUGUCGGAGAACCCGCGCAAGGGUCUAGUGGAGUACCUGGGCUUCCAGGAUUCGGCCGACGAAGCUGCUGAUAGCUUGUCCAAGCUUGGCCUGGGCAAGAAGGAGGAUGAAGAGACCAAUGGAGUGGCUGAGAAACCUAAGUCCAGUGCCAAGAAGCACAAGCGCCUGCAGUCCAUGUUCGACGCAACUCCCGACAGUGACAACUUCUUGACCGAACUGGCUGCAUCAAAGGGUGCUCAGACCAACAACCCCUUCCAGAUCUUCAACGGCUCCGAGACCGAGGCUGAGAAGAAGAUCACCCGCUCCUUGCUUCUCGGCGAGUUCGAAAAGGCUCUCGAUGUGGCCCUCGCCGAGGACCGCAUGUCGGAUGCCUUCAUGAUUGCUAUCUGCGGCGGUCAGAAGUGUAUCGAAAAGGCGCAGGAGUACUACUUCUCCAAGCAGGCCGGUGGCCCUAACUACAUGCGCCUCCUGGCUUCUAUCGUUGGCAAGAACCUCUGGGAUGUCGUCCAUAACGCCGAUCUUUCCAACUGGAAGGAGGUUAUGGCUGCUCUGUGCACCUUUGCUGACGAGAAGGAGUUCCCUGACCUCUGCGAGGCGCUUGGUGACCGCCUUGAAGAGCAGAUUCGCGACUCUGGUGACAAGACUGCGCGCAAGGAUGCCUCGUUCUGCUUCCUCGCUGGUUCCAAGCUUGAGAAGGUUGUGUCCAUUUGGGUCGAGGAACUCCGCGAGAAUGAGCAACGUGGAAUUGAGAGUGACACGGAUAACUCCACCUUCUCUAUCCACGUUCGUGCCCUGCAGGGUCUGAUCGAGAAAGUGACCAUCUUCCGCCAGGUCACCAAGUUCCAGGAUGAGGAAAAGAACAAGGACUCAGACUGGCGCCUCAGCACUUUGUACGAGAAGUACAUCGAGUAUGCCGACGUCGUUGCUACCCAUGGACGACUGCAAAUCGCUCAGAAGUACCUCGACCUUGUCCCUGCCAAGCAUCCUGAGGCCGAGGUGGCUCGCAACCGUAUCAAUCUGGCGAUGAGACAGGCUCCACAGAAGGUGCAGGCCGCUACCACUACCAAGAGCUUCAAGCCUCUUCCUCAGCAGCCCAACAUUUACCAGCCUCAGCAGACCUUCUCACCAGCGCCUCCCACCAUUGGUGCACAGAACGCUUAUGCGCCGCCCACCGCUGCUGCCGCUGCCGCUCCUCCCGCACACCCACCAGUGAACGCAUUCGCGCCCCCUACUGCCGCUCCAUCUCAGCCUGCCAACCCGUACGCCUCGUUCGGUGGUGCUCCCCGUAGUAGCUACACGCCAGCUGGAUACCAGCCAACCCAGGGUAUGCAAGCGCCUGCCUACGGUCCUCAGUCUACGUUCGUUGGUCAACCCGCUGGUACCGGUGUCGUGCCGCCUCCUCCCCGCGCAGGCUCUCAGUCGCCGGGUAACACCAUCACCACGUAUACUACCGCUACUGGCCUCCCUGCAUGGAACGAUCUGCCAGAAGGCUUCACUAAGAAGGUCCCCACCCCUCGUCGUGGUACACCUACUGCUGCCGCUACUAUCAGCUCUCCCUUCCCUAACCAGUCUCCUCCUCUCGCUCAAGGUCCACCUCCCACUGGACCUCAGCGUGCGCCAUCUGUGCCUCCUCCACCCAAGGCGGGCGCUCCUCCCCCUCCUCGCGUGACGUCGCCUCUUGCAUCGAGCGUACCCGGGCUGUCGCCGCCCCCUCCAGUCAACCCUUAUGCUUCUCUGCCCCAGUCUCCUCCCACCUCGACCAUGUCCCCACCUGCGUCAAUCAACCGUGGGCCAUCGCCGUAUAACGCUCCGCCUAGCGUACCGCCGCCAACCAACCGGUAUGCUCCAAACCCGGCUGCCCAGGCCCCUGGCCCGCAACUGCAAAGUCGUCCACCUGUGGCGCCUCCUCCCCAUGGUGGCCCCUCGCCGUACGCUCCACACGCGGCGGCACCUCCUCCGGCAGCACGCCCAUAUGCCCCAAGCGGGCCUGCUGUUACCCAGCCUCCCCCCAUGGCUUCGGCUCCUGUUCCACCUCCCCCCAAGGAUCAAGACCCGGCACAGCCCAGUCUCAAAUGGCCGCUCCCCCACCCCCCGCGACUCCCAACCCCUGGUGACCGGUCUCAUAUCCCGCCGAACGCAAUGCCCGUGUACGAGAUUCUGUCGUCAGACAUGCAGCGUGUCAAGGCCCGCGCACCCUCAUCUUUCAAGGCACAGGUUGACGACGCCGAGCGCCGCUUGAACAUCCUCUUUGACCACCUAAACAAUGAGGAUCUGCUCAAGCCCAACACCGUGGAAGAUCUGGCCAACCUAGCGCGUGCUAUCCAGUCUAAGGACUACGAGACCGCUCGUGUCAUCCACCUUGACAUUAUGACUAACCGAACGGAAGAGUGUGGUAACUGGAUGGUCGGUGUUAAGCGUCUGAUCAGCAUGAGCAAGGCAACCCCAUGA